ACCCUUCAACCUCAGCCUGUGGGGGGAGAGAGGGGGGAGUCUGCACUUCUUCAUGGCGACUUCAGGGAAGGUGAUCCGCUGCAGAGCCGCUGUAGCCUGGGGGGCCGGGAGACCCCUGGAGGUGGAGGAGGUGGAAGUGUCUCCUCCUAAAGCUGGGGAGGUCCGUGUGAAGAUCGUGGCCACCGGGGUGUGUCACACUGACUCCUACACACUGAGCGGCUCCGACCCAGAAGGAGUUUUUCCCGUGGUGCUGGGUCACGAAGGAGCUGGUCUGGUGGAGAGCGUCGGUGAAGGAGUCGUCGACUUUGCACCAGGGGACGCGGUCAUACCUCUGUACGUCCCUCAGUGCCGAGAGUGCAAGUUCUGUCGAAAUCCCAAAACCAACCUGUGCCAGAAGAUCAGGCUGACUCAGGGCAGAGGUUUGAUGCCGGACGGGACCACUCGGUUCUCCUGCAGGGGGCAGGACCUGUUCCACUUCAUGGGCUGCAGCACCUUCUCGGAGUACACCGUGGUGGCCCAGAUCUCUCUGGCCAAGGUGGACCCCAGCGCCCCCCUGGACAAGGUCUGUCUGCUGGGCUGCGGGAUCACCACCGGUUACGGAGCGGCUUUAAACACGGCUAAGGUCGAGCCGGGCUCCACCUGCGCGGUCUUCGGUCUGGGGGCUCUGGGCCUGGCGGCGGUCAUGGGCUGUAGAGCGGCCGGAGCGGCCCGCAUCAUUGGAGUGGACGUCAACCCCGACAAGUUUCCCACGGCGCGAGAGUUCGGGGUCACAGAGGUCGUCAACCCCAGAGAACACAACAAACCGACCCAAGACGUCCUGGCGGAGAUGACCGACGGGGGGGUGGACUAUUCCUUCGAGUGUGUGGGAAACGUAGACAUCAUGAGAGCAGCUCUGGAGGCCUGCCACAAAGGCUGGGGCACCAGUGUCAUCAUCGGCGUGGCAGCAGCUGGACAGGAGAUCUCCACCCGACCGUUCCAGCUGGUGACGGGACGCACCUGGAAAGGCACAGCGUUUGGAGGUACCAGUGUGUGUGUGUGUGUGUGUGUGUGUGUGCAGUAACCACAUCCGGUUGGACGUUGGUUUAACGCUAACGCGGCUCCAAACUGACGAACAUGUUCAGUGUUUUGUGUUGACGUUUUGUUCACUUUCUUUCAA